UAAACUGAGCAUGUGCGAGAUUUCAGAGCUGAAGUUCCCUGUAAAGACCUACGUAAGAGGAAGCAGUGCAUUCCAAGAUGGCUGCCACAGAUAGGACUGCAGUGAAGAUAAGGGAGUUUUUGCAGAACGUAUAGGACAAAUAUCCAUGGAAUGAAAGUCAAAGCUAGACGAUAUCUGUUGUCUGAGAAGAUCUUAUUGGAAGAACCUCAUCAACCAGCCAAUCUGGAGUAGGACUAAAACCUGAAGCCCUCCAAUCAUGUUAUGCUGGGGAAAUACAUCUUUUGGACAGCUGGGAUUAGGGGGGAUUGAUGAGGAGGUUGUUUUAGAACCGAGAAGAUGUGACUUUUUCAUCAAUAAAAAUGUCCGUGAUGUCGGAUGUGGAAGCAGACACACAGUUUUUGUCUUGGAUGAUGGGACAGUUUACACCUGCGGAUGUAAUGAUCUUGGGCAACUGGGACAUGACAAAAGCAGAAGAAAGCCAGAGCAGGUUGGAGCCCUGGAUGCUCAGAUCAUUGUGGCAGUUUCAUGUGGAGAAGCUCACACCUUGGCAUUAAAUGACAAAGGUCAAGUGUUUUCUUGGGGUCAUGCUGUAUAUGGACAGAUAGGUCUCUCAACUGCAGAAGAAUAUAUUAGAGUACCCAGAAAUAUAAAGAGUCUGUCUGAUGUACAGAUUGUGCAAGUUGCCUGUGGUCAUCAUCAUUCACUUGCACUGUCCAAAGACAGUGAUAUUUUUUCAUGGGGACAAAACCAAUAUGGCCAGCUUGGCUUGGGUUUAGAAAUAAAGAAAGAAUGUGCACCCAGACAUAUUAAGUCUCUAUCAGGGAUUCCCUUCGCUCAUAUUGCUGCUGGAGGUGGACACAGUUUUGCGUUGACAAUCUCAGGGGCCAUUUUCGGUUGGGGAAGAAACAAAUUUGGCCAGCUUGGUCUUACUGAUGAAACUGAUCGAAAUGUCCCAGCUCUUCUCAAGUCACUUCGCUCACAGAAAAUCAUUCAUAUUUGUUGUGGAGAAGAUCAUACAGCUGCUUUAACCAAAGAGGGUGGUGUAUUUACAUUUGGAGCUGGGGGCUAUGGACAGCUUGGUCAUAACUCUACCAACCAUGAAGUCAACCCAAGGAAAGUGUUUGAGCUUAUGGGAAGCAUUGUGACACAAAUCGCUUGUGGGAGGCAGCACACAUUAGCUUUUGUUCCUUCAUCAGGACGCAUUUAUUCGUUUGGGCUUGGUGGCAAUGGGCAGUUAGGAACAGGGUCUACCAUUAACAGAAAAAGUCCUUUCACAGUUAAAGGGAACUGGCUGACUUAUGAAGACUAUGUUCGGCACCUUCCUGAGGCUAAUGGAUGUUACUGUUUGAAGAGAAUUUACAGCGGUGGAGACCAGAGUUUUGCACAUUAUAUUACAAUACAGAAUUGCCAUCCUCCAGAUGACUUUAGGAGGUGUAAUUGUUCCAGAAAAAUACGGACUUUAGACGAGGGAGUUAUACAACGAUGGCUGAAUUACUCCUUGGGAAGACUUCCAUUAGAAAUAGUAAAUGAAAUAGACAAAGUAUUUUCAUCAGCUGCAUGUUUAAAUGGAAGCUUUUUAGUGACAAGCAACAACGAUCACUAUAUGACAAGUUCCAAGUUCUCAGGAGUAGACAUGAAUGUUGCUAGACUUCUUCUUCACAAGCUUAUGGAUCCAUCACAGCCACAAAUAGCCCAACAGGUGGCUGCCAGCUUGGAGAAGAAUCUUAUUCCCAGACUCACAAGUUCUCCCCCCGACAUUGAGUGCUUGCGUUUGUAUCUCAUCCUCCCAGAGUGUCCCCCCAUGGCUGAUGCCAACAACUUAACUUCUUUAGCAAUUCCGUUUGGCACAGCUAUUGUAAACUUGGAAAAAGCACCAUUAAAAGUUUUAGAAAACUGGUGGUCCCUACUUGAGCCUCCGCUUUUCUUGAAAGUAGUACAACUUUAUAAGGAUGUUGUGGUGCACCUAUUGAAACUCUCCAAAAAUGGAAUUCCUCUUACGGAGCGAAGAUUAUUCUACAGAUUUCUUAAUACUGCCCUCAGGGUUUUAGAGAUCCUGCACAGGGUAAAUGAAAAAGCUGCACAGAUCAUACCCUAUGAUAAAUUCUACAUUCAUGAAGUGCAAGAUUUUGUAGAUAUCCAAAACGACUACAUUAACUGGAUUAAGCAACAAGCAUCUGGAAUGGAUGUGAAUCAUGGAUUAUAUGAGGUAGCUGAUCCACCAGUUACAAUCUGCACAUACCCCUUUGUUUUUGAUGCUCAGGCAAAGACAACACUUCUGCAGACAGAUGCAGUCAUUCAGAUGCAGAUGGCAGUUGACAAUGCUCAUAGGCAAAACAACUUAUCCUGGUUAUUUCCUGCAACUGAAUCAGUGGAUCCUUGUCUGAUAUUAGUUGUUCGCAGAGAUAAUAUUGUUGGUGAUGCUAUGGAAGUCCUAAGGAAAACCAAAAAUAUAGACUACAAAAAGCCAAUGCGGGUAAUCUUUUUUGGAGAAGAAGCAAUUGAUGCAGGUGGCGUUCGUAAGGAGUUUUUCCUACUCAUCAUGAGAGAAUUACUGGACCCCAAGUAUGGAAUGUUCAGAUAUUACGAAGAAUCCAGAUUAAUCUGGUUUUCUGAUAAGACCUUUGAAGACAGUGAUUUAUUCCACCUUAUUGGUGUAGUCUGUGGUUUAGCAAUAUACAAUUUCACGAUUAUUGAGCUUCACUUCCCUUUGGCUUUAUAUAAGAAGCUUUUAAAAAAGAAACCAUCCUUGGAAGACUUAAAGGAGCUGAUGCCUAUUAUCGGACGGAGCAUGCAGCAGUUGUUGGACUAUACUGAAGAUGACAUUGAAGAGACAUUCUGCCUCAAUUUUACGAUCACAGUAGAAAACUUCGGAACAACAGAAGUCAGAGAGCUAAUCCCAAAUGGAGCUGAGAUACCAGUGAAUAGGAAAAACAGGCAGGACUUCGUAGAUGCCUAUGUAGACUACAUCUUCAAUCAGUCUGUGGCUUCCUUAUUCAGUGCGUUUAGUGCAGGAUUUCACAAAGUGUGUGGUAGCAAGGUACUCGAGCUCUUCCAGCCCAAUGAACUGCAGGCCAUGGUGAUUGGCAAUACCGCCUAUGACUGGAAGGAACUCGAAAAAAGCACAGAAUACAAAGGAGAGUAUUGGGCCGACCACCCUACAAUUAAGAUGUUCUGGGAAAUUUUUCAUGCAUUACCCUUGGAAAAGAAAAAACAAUUCUUGCUAUUCCUUACUGGCAGCGAUCGGAUUCCUAUUCUCGGUAUGAAAAGUUUAAAGCUUGUCAUUCAGCCAACAGGAGGAGGAGAACAGUUCCUACCAGUCGCUCACACCUGCUUCAACCUCUUGGAUCUCCCCAAAUACAGCAAGAAAGAAACUCUGCGAUCCAAACUGAUUCAAGCUAUAGAUCACUAUGAAGGCUUUAGCCUCGUCUGAAGAACUGCUGUGUGUAUAAUUUCAGCAAUGUGAAUUAGAGUUUCUGAACAAGGAAACCAUAAGGAUUCAAUUUUUACGUACAGUCACGUGGAUAAGCAGCUUUGCGACCAAUAAGCACUGCACAGGCUUUAAAGCCAUAUGUGGCAUGGGACUUGUGUUGUCGUGGUGUCUCGCCAUCUUUACAUAAAUUAAAAUACAGUUUUAUUUUCAGUUCAUGUAUUUGUGAUCACUGGUUAACAUGUUUUAUUUUACAGUUGACACAAAAUGUAAUCUCCACCUGGCAGAUUGAAAUAAAGAUGUGUUUUACGUUAUUA